CUGGUGACCAUUUGCUCAAAGUUGUCCAGCAGCGAGGGAAGCUGGUUCUGACUGGUUCUCGCCCUCGCUUCCUGCCAACACCCCGCCCAGCACCCCCACCACUUCUCCUCUCAUCUCAUCUCCUCUAGACAGAGUAGAGCUCAGUAUUUUAACCAUCAGCUACAGCCAUCACCUUCCAUCAUUCAUAGGCUACAUUUUAAUGAAGACGUUUUGGUGGGUUGCGCCAACAAGAAUGGCGUUCUCUUUUGGCGGGGACAAACUGGAAAGGUCAAAUGAUGUUCCCAUAACCUCAAAUUUCGCUGGUUUCUCUUUAGCUGGGCCUAGCCCUGCUCAGAAAUCCAAACCAACUACAAAAGUUAAAGGUUCCUCUGACUCUGGAGAUAACCUGGAAUCAACCUUCCCGGAGUUGUUAGUGAAGUCUUUGAGAGAUAUUCAGUGGACGGAUGACCACAAGCAAGAGCUGAUGUCGAAGAUCAGUUCGUACAAAACCAGCAGUGGGGCGCCAGCCCGCGUGCUCCUCCUCGGUCCCGUGGGUUCUGGGAAGUCCAGCUUCAUCAGCUCGGUCCAGUCUCUCUUCUCAGGAAGGGUCCUGAACAAUGCCAUGGUGGGCUCAUCUAUGGCCGGAUUCACCAAGAAGCUGCAGUCCUUCACUAUCCAGGGUAAGAAAGGGGAGUUGCCUACGGCACUAACCAUGUGUGAUGUCAUGGGUCUGGGAGAGGGGGAAGGCACCGGAAUCAGUUUCUAUGACAUCCUGGCUGUCAUCAAAGGCCACACCCCCGAAGGACACAAGUUCAGCGCCAGCCAUCCGCUGCACCCGAGCACCGCGGGCUAUCUGGAGGAGCCCAGCCUUGCAGACAGGGUGCACUGCGUUGUGUUUGUGUUGGACGCCUCCCGGCUGGCCUCCUACUGCAGGGGCCUCAGAGGAACCUUCGAACAGCUCCGCGAUCACAUCAGUGAACUGGGGGUUCACCAGGUGACGCUGUUAACACACAUCGACAAGGUGUGUGCUAUGACAGCAAGGGACGUGAAGAAUGUAUACGAGAGCCCAACCGUCCAGCAAAUGAUGUCCAAGGCAGGGGAGAUGCUGGGUAUGUCCACCUCCUCCAUCAUGCCGGUGAAGAACUACUCCAGUGAGCUGAAGCUGGACAGCAACACAGACACCCUCCUGCUGUCGGCCGUCGAUCUAAUCCUGGAGUACGCCGACCUGUACUUCCAGGCCCAGGCCAGUGAGGGCCCCAAGAAAAACUGAAAUAAUUCAGAGCACCACAUCGUGGAAUAUGGCUCCACUCAUGGGAUAGAGAGAAAAUGCCUUCCUUUAAUUUUUAAGUUUAUAAUAUUCUUGCUAAUUGUUUUAAAGGGUUUUUGUAACUUUUUUAGUAAUUUUUAUAUCAAAUACCAGGGAUUAAUAAAGUGCAUCUUAUAUUACAAGUAUGACAACAAUAAGAAUAAUGAGGAAGCUUAUUGUGUUUUUGGUUUGAGCAUUAUGUAAUAACCCUUAAAUAAUACUGACCAUUCUACUUACAUGUUGGUUCAGAUUCAGAAAAAGUGUGAAUUUUUAGUGUCUAAUCAAAUCUAGUAGCUAGGCUAGCUGAGAUAGUGCAGCCAGGAAACUAGCCUCACCUCUCUUUCUAAGUAAAUGAAUACAAACGGGAGGCAAAUGAUGGAUGAACCCUUGCUCAGCGUUGAAUGAAAAACAACAUGGUGUGGGUGAACUUCAAAAGGUAUUAUUGGAAGUCUGUACAGGAAUUACAUAUUGAUCAGGACUCGUUGGUGCUUCCGUCACGUGCAAAAAUUUAAAUUCGACCUUGCACCACGCCGACAGUACCUGAAUUUGUGAUGUAAUUAAUGGGAAAGAACAGAGUAAAACUUUGCAGCAGUCUUCA